AUGUUAGAGAUUGUUAUCGUUUGUCGUUUCUCCUCUUGCACUUGUCGUCGUUAUUCUCGGAGUUUGGAUCCGGUGAAAUUUGUUUUCCAGCUAGCAUUUGCUUCCACAUUGAAUAUGGCUGAGGCUAAUGCUGGGUUGUUGGAGUGGCCAACGAAAGAUAAGCGCCGCUUUCUGCAUGCUGUGUACCGUGUUGGUGAUCUUGAUCGCACCAUUAAGUUUUAUACUGAAUGUUUCGGGAUGAAGCUUUUGAGGAAAAGAGAUGUUCCAGAAGAGAAAUAUACCAAUGCUUUUCUUGGAUUUGGUCCCGAACAAUCCCAUUUUGCUGUGGAAUUGACUUAUAAUUAUGGGGUGACCUCAUAUGAUAUUGGAACUGGCUUUGGACAUUUUGCUAUUGCAACUCCAGAUGUUUACAAAUUGGUUGAAGACAUCCGGGCCAAGGGUGGAAAUGUCACCAGGGAGCCUGGUCCAGUUAAGGGGGGGACAUCUGUUAUUGCCUUCGUGAAGGAUCCUGAUGGUUAUGCUUUUGAGCUCAUCCAAAGACCUUCAACUCCUGAGCCAUUGUGCCAAGUAAUGCUUCGUGUUGGUGAUUUAGAGCGCUCAAUAAAGUUUUAUGAAAAGGCUUUGGGUUUGAGGGUCGUAAAGAGGGCUGAUAGACCUGAACAAAAGUAUACUAUAGCAAUGCUUGGGUAUGCAGAAGAGCAUGAGACAACUGUGUUAGAGCUUACAUAUAACUAUGGUGUCACUGAAUACACCAAGGGAAAUGCCUAUGCACAGGUUGCUAUAGGUACCAAUGAUGUAUACAAGAGUGCUGAGGUUGUGAACAUAGUCUCGCAAGAGCUUGGAGGGAAGAUUACUCGGCAACCAGGACCAAUUCCUGGCCUUAACACAAAGAUCACUUCUUUCUUAGACCCUGAUGGAUGGAAAGUUGUUUUGGUUGACAAUCAAGAUUUUCUGAAGGAACUGGAGUGA